AUGAUAGUGUCCUGCAGGAAUCCAGCUGGAGACCUAGCGCGCAUCACAGUACCUCCCACAAGUCCAACUGGAGGCCUGGAGCCCUUGACAGGGUCUCAACCACGUCAGCGCGUCUGGCGCCUCCUCCAGGACAGCCCUGCUCACCCGGAUUUACGCAGCAGCCUGCUCCACCCGCAGAGCUCCUACCGCGCAGCCGCACUGGCGGGAAGGGCAGCCGCGGCCGGCGCGACCUCGGAACCAACGCGCCGGCGCAGGCCGCCCCGGGACCGCGUUUCCGGCGCACGGGGGCGGAGUCGGCUGGGCCGGAGGGUCGUGUCGGGGACGCGCGCGCCUCGGUGGGCGGUGGUGCCCCGGGCCCUCCGCGCGGCUGGCUCGCGGUUCGUGGCGGGGGCAAGCGAGGGGGCAGAGCAGCCGCCCCGCGCCUUCGACCCCGCGCUGCUGGAGUUCCUGGUGUGCCCGCUCUCCAAGAAGCCGCUCCGAUAUGAAGCAUCCACAAAUGAACUGAUCAAUGAAGAGCUGGGGAUAGCUUAUCCAAUCAUUGAUGGGAUUCCUAACAUGAUACCACAAACAGCUAGAGCAGCACAUCAACAGAAGAAGCAAGAAGAAACAGAGCAGCACUGAAUCAACGUUUUAAAA